AUGGCGUUCGUCAAUGAACGAUACAAUAUUUUGCUCAGUGCUAUAGUUAAAACCCAAUACGAUAACUCUCCGGAGGAUGCCAGUGUCGAGGGCAACAACCUGCAAAGUAUCAAGACUUUACCAACGGACGUGACAAUUGUGGGCCAAUCACUCAGUGCAGCUGACGAGCUGCCUGAUAUAGAUGAUGCUAUCAAAUUCCUGGACGCCAAUCGCGUCAAUGUUAUAGGAACGAUGGACAAGCACGCAACAUUAACUGCUGUUGUGACUUUGGCAACCACGUCGGCAAAGCUAUAUUGUCAUAGUUUGAAACGGCUUUUGGACUCUGUACUGAAUCUUAGAUCCUCCAUUUCUUAUUGGGAAAGUUUGAAACAUUCACGAUGGAAUCAAUCUUACUACGUGCUUCAAACACUCCCGAUAUAUAUACGGCACCUCGUGACGACGGCCGCUUCGAGUAGAUCCAUCACAAUGAACCAGCUUCCACAACUUGGACUGCAGCUGUACAAUCGAAUCAUAAGCCACCCACUUCAACGCGAAAUCCACCGCCAUAUGAAUAUAUUACAGCACGAUCAGCAAGUAUUAGCGUCUUGGUUGGGCGGCCUUGCAGACUUGCCCAACAAGGAAGAACUGGCCAGUUUAGCAGACAUUCAACGUAUGGCAUCUACAUUGCAUUGUGCUGCAUCGGUCAUGCAAGCUAUAGAUAGGACAGACGAGGUGGACAAGCAAACAGCCUUUGAUGCUCGACUGAUAGCUGCGGACGACGACAGUACUGAUGUGGAGACUAUAGUAAUAAAACUAAUGGAGGUAUACCAGAUGCUCAUCCACAUCGACACCAAACUACCACGCUUGAUGGCACGUCACGGUCCUCCAACGCGACUAGUCCAAGAUUGGCCUCUCGCAGUCGCAGGGCUAUACACAUUCAACUCUAUAGCUAGGCACCUCACCCUCUCAAACUACCACCUACUCGUCGAAUCUAGCCAAGAUGCCAUAAACACGUUACGGGCCUUUGGUAUAGAUUGGAUCUUCCAACCGCUAGCUGGAAUAUACAAAACUAUUCGGCAUCGUGAACCACAAUUGGCAGCUCUAGGUUCGAAAGCACUCGAGACAGAUAUGGAGUCCUUAUCCAGGAUGGUUUCCGACUUUGCCCAAGAUCAUUCUGUUUUGCAAGACGAUAUUCCGAAACUGGUUGAGCAGGCUAGACUAGGUGAUAUCAGUAUCGUGCUCCAGAGAUAUGAAGAUGCUAUUAGGCAUCCUGUUAGAGGAGCUGUUACAGGUGGUUUGGUCAGAUCUCUUCUGAUUCAAGUUCAGCAAGCCAAAGUUCAAUUAGAGGUGGCCAUGAGUGCGCUAGACAAGCUGCUCAAAAGCAAUGAGCUGAACUUUGCCUUCUUGGCCGUUAUACCUUCUUUACUGAUAUCGUAUUUCGUUGGAUCGUAUAUCAACGAUUUGGUGAAUGGUAGGCAGUUACGGUCAUGGAAACAGACUCGAACUUUACUACAUCGGAAUUUGCGUAACAUUGAACGUAUUCUUAACACGGCGGAUGCCUCAAAUACUCACUUAAGACCAGAGGCUCAAGGAAUGCUGCUUGUACAUAUGACUGAACUAAGGAAGUUGGCAUCGUCUGUGCCGAGAAGGGAUGGCUUACGUUUGUCGUUUGUAGAAGACGUGCGAGACGUUGAAAACGGCGGCUUCUCGAUAACCCAGAGACUGCGAACUGUUGAGAGAAUGUGGAGAAUGUACAGCUGA